GCCAUUUUGGAAAACGAAUCGUUCACAGCACAACCGUCUUGAACACAGGAACUAUGCCGCGGGGCCGGCCUCGCAAACUGAACCUGGAUAGAAAGGACGAAAUAGGUUUCAGUGAUGGAUCGCAGGAAAAAAAGUGCAACAUUUGCUCCCAGAUUUUCACCAAAGAGAGCAAGAUACAGAAGCAUCUUCGGGAGCAUGAGCUCAACGAUAAGCCUCAUCGCUGUGGCCAGUGCCCGCAGACGUUUAAUGUGGAGUUCAACCUCACACUGCACAGGUCGACACACAACACAUCUGACUUCACCUGCCCUGUUUGCAAUAAGAAGUUCUCCCGCAUUGCAGGCCUCAAAUCCCACAUCAUGCUGCACAAGAAGGAAGAGAACCUCAUCUGCUCAGAGUGCGGAGAUGAGUUCGUCCUUCAGAGCCAGCUCUCUCUUCAUAUGGAGGAGCACCGGAAGGAGCUUUCAGCCAUUAAGGUGUACACCUGCAAAACCUGCGGCAAGGAGUUCGAGACGUUUGUGGAGUUAAGGGAGCACACAAAGAGUCACGUCAAGAUGAGGGCGCUGUCCUCCAGUUCCAGAAACUACAAGAAAAACAUAGAUCGCAGUGGGUUCACAAAUAGCUGCCACCACUGUGGAAAGGCCUUCAAAAAGCCCAGUCAGCUUGUCAGACACAUACGAAUACACACAGGUGAAAGACCCUAUAAGUGCACACAUUGCAACAAGGCUUUCAACCAGAAGGUGGUGCUGCAGACUCACAUGGUGAAACACACAGGAGAGAAACCUCACCUCUGCAUGUUCUGCCCAGCGUCUUUCUCCCAGAAGGGCAACCUGCACUCUCAUGUUCAGAGGGUUCAUUCUGAGACCAAAGGUGGUGUACCUUUAUUCCCCUGCAUGGACUGCAGCUGUGUAUUCAAGAAGCUGGGGAGCCUGAAUGCCCACAUCAGCAAGAUGCACAUCUCUGUGAUUGAGGUGCCCUCCAGCACUUCGGAGACUGAGACAACAGGUCAGAACGCAGUGGGGUCGGAAGGUGGUGAGGGGGUGACAGAUGUCAUCCAGCAGCUCUUGGAGCUGUCUGAGCAGGUCAGUGGGGAGACGGCUCAGCCUCAGCCUCAGCUUACUGAGCCAACUAUUGCCAUGGAAACUGCAAUCAACCAGGACAUCCUGCAGCAAGCUUUGGAGAACAGCGGUUUGAGCGUUGUCCAACCACAGAGUGAUGCCCCAUCUGGAGAGUCUCAGAAUCAGAGCACAGAGGGCAUUGCUUCAGAGAGCAAAAAAGGGGAGUUCCCAGACAAAUCACUAAGGGAGAAGAGGAGCAUUUUUAAAAAGCCUAUACAAAUGCCAGGCUCAAUCCGGGAAGAGGACGGUGUUCGCUGGCAUGGCUGCCCUUACUGCUCCAAGGAGUUCAAGAAGCCCAGCGACCUCGUCCGCCACAUUCGCAUCCACACCCACGAGAAACCUUUCAAGUGCAAACAGUGUUUCAGAGCUUUUGCAGUGAAGAGUACCCUCACAGCACACAUGAAGACACACACAGGCAUCAAGGCCUUCGAGUGUCAGUGCUGUCUGAAGCGCUUCUCCACUUCAGGCAGCAUGAAAGUGCACAUGCGGCUGCACACAGGUGUGCGCCCUUUCCCCUGCCCUCACUGUGAAAAGAUCUUUCGCACAUCAGGUCACAGGAAAACGCACAUUGCGUCGCACUUCAAGAGCUUGCAGCAGAAAAAGAACAGAUUUCAACGGAAAACCAACAAAGCCAAAGCCUCCAAGAACAUCCUACCUCUGCCGGACAUCCCCUUGCAGGAACCCAUUCUCAUCACGGAUUAUGGCCUCGUCCCCUCUCAGAAUCCCCGCCUUGGUUUUCAGCAGUUCCUGGAUGUGGUGGGCAAUGAAAGGCCGUACAAGUGCCAGUACUGCAGCAAGGCCUAUAAGAAGUCAAGCCAUCUAAAACAGCAUGUCAGAUCUCAUACAGGAGAAAGGCCAUACAAGUGUAUUCAGUGCAGUCGUGGUUUCGCAUCCUCUGGCGUCCUUAAAGCUCAUAUCCGAACCCAUUCGGGCCUAAAGGCAUACAAGUGUCUUGUUUGUGACACAACGUUCACCACCAGUGGCAGCCUGCGGCGCCACAUGACUACUCACAGCGAACUUCGACCUUACAUGUGCCCCUACUGCCAGAAGACCUUUAAGUCAUCACCCAACUGCAGGAAGCACAUGAAGACGCACAGAUAUGAACUGGCCCAGCAACUGCAACCACAGUCAGGAGAGGACCCCCUGGGAACAGGCACUGUCAUCCAUGAUAUGCCAGUGGAAAUGGAGGCGGAGUCUCUCCAACAGGCUGCCACAACAACAACAACAGUGCAGCAAGGCAUGUUGGGACUAAGCCAAGCAGAGGUUGUGAAUGGAGGCCAGCAAGUAACACUUGAGCCCCCCUUGACUGACCAGACAUUAGUUCAAGGUGAAGCAGACUCGUACGUGACCACACAACAUGCUUUGCCUCAGAAUAUCAGUCAGUUUGAGACACCAGCACUACCUCAGCCUACCUUUGACCAACAAAGUCUAACACAAGGGUUCACCAUAUCUGAGUCGAGCUACAACCAGCCCCAGUUCUCCGCUGUCCAGCAGCUGCAGGAUUCCAGCACCCUGGAGUCUCAGGCUCUUUCCUCUAGCUAUCACCCUCCAAACCUACUUCACGUUCCCAGCUCAGAGGUUACAAACGGACUUCUUCAGGAGAGCAGUGAAAAUGAUCUCCAGCUGCCCACAGAAGCACCAGACUACCAUGAAGAUGGUGAAGAUAGCACAAAGAGAGCCUACAGAUGUAACUGGUGCUCCAAAGCUUUCAAAAAGUCGAGCCAUCUGAAGCAGCACAUCCGAUCCCACACUGGGGAGAAACCGUACACAUGUCCUCUCUGCGGACGAGGUUUUGUUUCAGCAGGAGUGCUGAAGUCCCAUCUCAACACACACACAGGAGUGAAGCCCUAUAAGUGUGAUGUUUGUGACGCCUCUUUCACCACUAAUGGAAGCCUCAGUCGCCACACGUUCAUCCACAGCAAGUCAUUCAAAUGCACCAUGUGUAGUGAGUCCUUCCGUACCAGUCUGUUUUGUAAAAGGCAUAUGAAGAAGGAGCACGGUGUGGAGGAGAAAGUUAUAGGUCUUGAAUGUCACGAUGGGGAAGAUGAUGACGAGGAUGGAGAACAAAAAGCAUCCAAGAGGAGGAGUUUGGAAAUCAUCACUUUCACUGAGGAGCAGGCAGCCGAGCUGGCGAAAGAUCCCGGAGAGGAGGCCUCUGUGUCGGAGCGGAUCCUCGCCCAGUCGGCAGCUGAGAGGGAUCGUAUCAGCGAGAUCAAAGACAAAGCUGUGGAGCUGGAAACGGAGCCCAAGUUUGCCAACUGCUGCAGUUACUGCCCCAAGAGCUUCAAGAAGCCCAGCGACCUCGUCAGGCACAUCAGGAUCCACACAGGUGAAAGACCUUACAAGUGUGAUGAAUGCGGGAAGAGUUUUACAGUGAAAUCAACCCUGGACUGCCAUGUGAAAACACAUACAGGUCAGAAACUGUUCAGCUGUCAUAUGUGCAACACCUCCUUCUCCACUAAGGGCAGCCUGAAGGUGCACAUGCGCCUCCACACCGGCUCCAAGCCCUUCAAAUGUCCCUUCUGUGAACUUCGCUUCAGAACCUCAGGCCACCGUAAAACCCACAUCCAGUGUCACUUUCGUCCAAACAGUGACAGUCGCAAAUCCAAGCGCUCCUCUACCUCUACCAGUCAUUCUAGACAUGGUCAGAAUUCUGGAACUGGGCAGACCAUGGCCUCCAGUCACGGCCAGCAGCCAGCAGCAUCGGAGCCACUUCAACCUGUGGGUCUACUACAGACCACCAACUCUGACCCCAACAUUUACCUCCCAGCCAAUCCGGUUUUGACUGGGCAGUUUGACCAGAACUUGCUGCAACCGGGCCUUGUAAGUCAGGCCAUCCUGCCAGCCUCUAUGUCAGCUGCAGGAGACCUCACUGUGUCUCUCCCAGAUGGCCUGACAACAUUGGAUGGCAUCCAUCUCCAGCUGACCCCGGCCAGCCUGGUGUGUCCCAACGUGCAGAUCUCUGGCAUCGAUGCGAACAACAUCACACUACAGAUCGACCAUGCCCUCUUCCAGCAGACCUUACAACAGGGCGGCCUGCUCUCUCAGCCCCUGAGCGGUGACACCAGCCUGGUUUCCCACUCUGGCAGCCAGCUCAUGUCAUCAACAGACCCAUCAGUGGCUGCAAACGUUGUCAUCCACCCUCUGACCAGCCUGGCCAUGCAGCCGUCUACCAUCUCCUCGCCGCACGUCUCUAUAGCUGGACUGCCUGAGCAGGAUGUUACAGGCUCCCAGGACCUAAACCAGGUCAUGAGCAAUGCUGGGCUGGUGGCAGGAAGUAACAGCAGCCAAGAGAUUACUCUGACCAUCAACAACUCCAGCCUUUCACAGGCUAUAGCUCAGGUCCAGGCUCAGGCCUCAGCAGCCGGUUCCAGCACUGCGCCAGGAAACACUCAGGAGAUCACACUCACCAUCUCAGGUCAAGAUCUGCUCCCCCCGCAUAACAGUUCCAACGGUGCAGAGAUGAACGGCAGCAUCAGGCUGGCAUCACCACUGACUAGCCAGCCUGCCAACGCAACCAUGACCAUCACCAAUGACCACCUUCUACCUCACGGCCCAGCCAACACUGGGAUGGCAGUAACCAGUCUGGAACCCAGCACCACUUUGUCUCAUACUGCUGUAUCCAAGAGCUUAGUGAUGUCACCAGGAGGUGUGGCCAGUGAUGGUAGCGUCACCCUAACCCUCACAGACACUCAGGGCAUGCUGGACGGUGUCACCCUAAAUCUCAGCGCACAGGGUCAGACUUUUCCUGCAGUACUAAACGAGUCUGGCAUACCGGGACAAUCGGCCAACUCAGGCCAGCAGGUCUUACUGGUCAGCCACCAUUCCCAGUCCACGAAUGGAGCAUCUGACAAUGGAUAUUUUACUCCUGCUGAUGGGGAUAAAGGUGGGAAAGACUCGCAGCUGGACAUUGAUAACAGGAACCAGUGUUUUUACUGCAAUCAGCCGUGCGAGAACGCCAAUGCGCUGCGACGGCACUGCAAACAAGCUCAUGGAAAGGACCGCUGCCAUGUCUGCAGCUUCUGCAGAAAGGCUUUCAAGCGAGCUACACACCUCAAGGAACACGAACGAGUGCAUCAGCCGGGCCCUUCACCCAGCUCCCAGAAACCCAGAGUUUUCAACUGUUCCUCUUGUGCAAAGGCGUUUGCUAAGCGCAGCCAGCUGGAGAGACACAACCGAACACACACAGGCGAGCGGCCCUUUAAGUGCACCCAGUGCGACAAGGCCUUCAACCAGAAGAGUGCUAUGCAGGUCCACAUGGUCAAACAUACGGGAAAGAAGCCCUUUAAGUGUGAGGUGUGCAGCAUCAGUUUCACCCAGAAGAGCAACAUGAAACACCACAUGAAGAGAUCCCACGGCUAUGAUCAAAUACAAGAAGUGUCCCUGCGCCAGGAAGAGCCGCCGCCUCAGGUCGAGGUAACCCCUGAACUUGACCUGGAAGUGGUUCCUGAAUCCACUGGAGACUGGCACAAUGUGUUCCCCUGACACUCCACCAGGACUGCAGAGUGUCAUGGACUCAUGAAGUUUUGCAGCUAAGCAGCGAAAGUUUUCUGAGCAAAUAGUUAAAGAUUUCUGACUUUUUAAAAUAGUUCCAAUUAGAAGCGAGGCUUCAUCUGCCAGCCAGCAGUUUUAUCACAAUUAGCAGUGAAGUACAGGGAGUGUGCCUCUCCGCUUCUAAGAAGUGUUUAAUGACUUUUAUCUAUUUGACUACCCUCCAGCCUCCAGAGAGGCGUGGCUCAAUCAGCCCAAGCUUCCCAGAGAGAGAGGCUCUCAGCAGAUGGAAGUCCCUCUGCUGCUGACCCUUGACAGGAACAGCCCCACAGAGAAGCAGUCUGGUCUCUUCAUUGCUGCUUACAGGACUGGUUACCACUACUUCAUAAAAUAUUUGUCAGUUUUGAUGACAUAUUUAUACUGUAAAUAUUCCACCUGGAAGUGAGACGUCAUUUUCAGCCUGAUUGUAAAAGUUGAAGGACACUGAUUCGGAUUCAGUGACUGAAUGAAGAUGUCAUUGUUGUGUUUGCUUUUGUAUCAUUUGGAAUGACAUCAGCAGCUUAUUUACUGUUGUUAAUUUUGUAAAUAUUUUAGUUAGAAGGCAAAUAUUUUGUGAAAAACACUGGACAUAGAUUGUUUGGAUAAAUGUAAUUUUAGCUAAAUAUUAUAAUUUUCUGUGAGUUUAUUGCUUAACCUUUUUGUUGUUGCAGUAAAAAAAAGCAUAACAAAUCAAACAGGAAUACAAACCAGUUUUUAAAAAUCUGUUAUAGGGUUCUUAGUUCCUUGUGAAGGUGUAAGUUAUUGUACUGAGUCAGUACAGACCAAACCUAUGGGAAGGAGGCCACAGGACAAAUACAGUGUGAAAAACAAGCCAGAACCUGCAGGUAAUCCUUUACAAAAACUAUUGUCAUCUUGUCAAUCAAUCUUCAUUGAUUUGUCUGACUGUAGACAAACAAAAUAGGGGUUUGGUUAGCAUUUUCAACGCUGAACUAAUCAAAUUCAGGCAUUAAUUAAAGUUCAUCGUCUAUACCCACUUAUGCAUGCAGGGUCAUGUGGGGGGCUGGUGCCUAUAACUCCAGCGGUCAUUGGACAAGAGGUGGGUUUUACUUUGGAAACGUUAGUUUA